AUGGGAGCUCGAACCAGCCUUUUAACACCACCGAAUCUAACCACUCAUUCGCAAUCAAAUCAUGCAGUUAUCCCUGUAGUAUCUCAGACGCAAAGGGUUCUACAACAAGCAUGGAUCGACACCCUGCAGCUGUCCGAUGAAAAAUUUGGUUUGGAAGCCGACUUCCUCAGCCUUGGCGGCGAUUCCAUUGCCGCAAUUAAUCUCGUCAGUUACCUCAGGUGCAAACACCUUAAGAUCUCUGUGCGAGAUGUCCUCAAAUACCCCUUUCUUGGGGCAAUGGCCGGCCAGCUGAAGCGCAAGUCGGAUAAUACACAGCAAAUUAAGCAGGAGACAUUCGUUUCUCCGCCGGAGGUUGACGCUGCUAUAUCUGCCACUAGUCUACAACCGACUGAGUAUGAGACAAGCCGAGUUCCUGACCCAAGGAGCACAUCCUGA